AGCCGGGCCCUGUGCGCCGGCGAUGGCGCCGGGCGGCGCCCGGAGCUGCGCGGGAGGUUCCGGGCGGAGCGGGAGCUUCCGGAGCGGCCGGGCUGAGGAGGAGGAGGAGGAGGAAGAGGAGGAUGAAGAAGGAGCAGGUGGCGCACUGCCAGUUCUCCGUGUGGUACCCGCUCUUCAAAGCCGUCACCAUCCGCAGUGUUAUACUUCCCCUGCCAGAGAAUGUGAAAGAAUAUUUGCUGGAUGAUGGAACACUGGUGGUUUCUGGAAGAGAAGAUCCACCAAGUCAUGCUCAGGAGGGGACUGAUGAUGCAGAGGAGAUACAGUGGUCAGAUGAUGAGAACACUACAACACUUAAGGCACCAGAAUUUCCCGAGUUCACAGCUAAAGUUCAGGAGGCAAUAAGUUCCUUGGGUGGCAGUGUUUUUCCUAAACUCAACUGGAGUGCUCCAAGGGAUGCCUACUGGAUAGCAAUGAACAGCUCUCUGAAAUGUAAAGCUCUCAGUGACAUCUUCCUCCUCUUCAAGAGUUCAGACUUCAUCACUCGUGACCUCACUCAGCCAUUUAUUCACUGUACUGAUGAUUCCCCUGAUCCUUCCCUGAACUAUGAGCUUGUUCUUCGCAAAUGGUGUGAACUAAUCCCUGGUGCAGAAUUCAGAUGCUUUGUCAAGGAAAACAAGCUUUUAGGUAUAUCACAGAGGGACUACACCCAGUACUACGAUCAUAUCUCUAAGCAACACGAGGAGAUCUGUAGAUCCAUACAGGAGUUUUUCAAGAAACACAUACAGUAUAAAUUCUUGGAUGAAGACUUUGUUUUUGAUGUGUACAGAGACAGCAGGGGUAAGAUUUGGUUAAUAGAUUUUAACCCAUUUGGGGAAGUAACAGACUCCCUGCUCUUUACAUGGGAAGAACUCACCUCUGGAAAAAACUUGAAAGGAGACCAGAGUGAAGGGGAAGCAACAGAACAGGAUUAUCCAGUGUUCCGCUGCACAAACAGCAAAGUCACCGUCCAGCCCAGUCCCUAUCUGAGCUACCGCCUGCCCAAGGACUUUGUGGACCUUUCCACAGGAGAGGACGUUCACAAAUUGAUUGACUUUCUGAAACUGAAAAGAAAUCAGCAAGAUGAUGACUGAGGUACCCAAGAGCAUCACAUCGAAUUACAAGCACGAAAUGUGGCAUAAGCUGUAUUUAGCAUAACUAUUAAACUAUUGAUUUAAAGAAAACCUGCUUUUUAUAGUCAAUGAAAGAACUGAAGAGCUGUUCAUCCUCUGUGUCUGUUGGCUUAUACAAAAGUGUAGGGAAGCUUUUUCAGGGAAACACAAAAGGUCAGGGUGAGUUCUCACUGGAUUCCAGGUGCAAAGAAGCAACAGCCUGAGUGCAACUGAACAACUCCUUUCCAUUUUUCAUAAUGUGAAGAUUGAUGCCACUGAGCUACGCCUUUGGACUCCCCAGUGUAAAUAUGGCAACACCUAAUGCUUGUGCAGUAAAAACAUGGAGCAUUCUCUGAAUUUGGGCACAGUCUUGCUUAAUAUGUAGUCACAAAGAAAAAGGAAUGUACAUUUUUAUCUGUAGUAACCUUUGAAAACUGUAAAUUGAUUUUGUUUUGGGAGCACUUCUCAUCCUUUAUGUAAAAAAAAAAACAAUAAAAAAUGGAGAAGAGAUUU